AUUCAAUCUCGCGCUCCCCUCGUCCCUACCCUCUCUCUCUCUCUCUCUCUCCCUCCCUCUCCGUGUCUCUGCGCGCAGCGCUCUGUUCUCCAAACCCACCUUCGAAUUCGUCUCGGGAAUCCACCUCUCGCCGUGUGAGCUCCAGUUCCAGCAUCUGGGUCGGCGGAAUCCGGCUCCCCGGUUGGCUCCCCCCGGCCGCAUCGAACCCGGCUGCCCUCGAGCUCUCCGAUCGAGCUCGAUGUCGUCGCGCAACCAGAACAGGCAGCCUCGCAGCCCCAACGCCAAGAAGGGUGCUUUGGUAGAAAUCCCUUUGGACAAACGCAGGCGAAUAGGUGCGGCGAGAGCAACUGGUCCGACAAGCUCUAGCCGUGCACGGCAGGCUUUCUCUGAGGUGAGCAACAGGCAAGAUGUAACCUCCACUGGAGAAACGGCGAGUGCAGAGGGUUCAGAGAAUAUCCCUGUGGAGUUCACGAAAGAAGAAGUAGAGACAUUGUUGAACGAGAAGCCGAAGACCAAGAAGUUUGACCUCAAGGGUAAAUUGGAAUAUCUGACUGAUCAUAAUAAGAGACUAAGGCUUUGUGUUAAGUGGUUCCAACGAGUUGAUGAAGGCCACCUCCUCGAGCAGGAGAGAUUGCGAAAUUCAUUGGAAUCUGCAGAGAAGAAAUGCACGGAUACCGAGUUUGAGAUGGAAAAGAAGCUGGGUGAGCUUAAUGAAGUUCUUGCUCAAUUAAGAAAUGAUAACUCUUCUUUACAAGAGAAACUCGCAAAAGAAUCAGCAGAGAAAAUGGAUGCAAUUAAUUGCCAUAUGAAAGAAAAGGAAGCAAGGAUUGCUUCUGAAAAGGUACAGGGCUUGCUGUCAGAAGAUCUUAAGAAAGCUGAACAAGAGAAAUUGGCUGCUGAUCACCAGAUUGCUUCUCAGAAAGAUAUGUACAAGAGAUUGCAAGAGUACAACACAAGUUUACAGCAGUACAACAGUAAACUUCAAACAGAAUUGUCAACAGCCAAUGAGUCACUAAAAAAAGUGGAAAAGGAGAAAUUGGCAAUUGUAGAAAACCUUAGUACGUUAAGGGGUCAUUACAAUACACUCCAAGAGCAACUCACUUCAUCCAGAGCUUCAGUGGAUGAGGCUGUUAGGCUAAAGGAAUCACUUGUCAAUGAAGUCAAAUGCCUUCGAGAAGAAUUGCAUAGGGUGAGAGAAGAUCGUGAUCGCCAGGUUUCAGAAGUUCAGGCCUUAACAGCUGACUUAUUGAAAUUUAGAGAAAAAACGGGCAAAUCUUUCAUGGAGCUGGAUAACUUGACGAUAAAGUCCAAUGCGUUGCAGGAAACAUGUUCCUCUCAGCUGGAGCAAAUACGAAUUUUGCAGCACCAGCUUGCUGCUGCAAAUGAAAAAUUGAAGAUGGCUGAUUUAUCCAGUAUAGAAACAAAGGUGCAGUUUGAUGAGCAGAAGAGGACUAUAGUUGAAUUGCAAGAACGCUUAGAAAAUGCAGAGCUUCAACUUAGUGAAGGAGAACAGCUAAGAAAAAAAUUACAUAACACCAUUUUGGAACUAAAAGGGAAUAUUAGGGUGUUUUGCCGAGUCCGUCCAAUGUUCUCGGAUGAUGGUUCUGGAACAGAAACAGUCAUUUCAUAUCCAACAUCGACGGAAACUCUUGGUCGAGGGAUUGAAUUACUUCAAAGUGGUGGACAAAAGUAUCCAUUUACAUUUGACAAAGUCUUCUCUCAUGAGGCUUCUCAGCAAGAUGUUUUUGUUGAGAUAUCACAAUUGGUCCAGAGCGCCCUCGAUGGUUAUAAGGUUUGUAUAUUUGCAUAUGGUCAAACAGGCUCAGGUAAAACCUAUACCAUGUUGGGUAAACCUGAUGCUCCAAAACAGAAAGGGUUGAUCCCGCGUUCUUUGGAGCAAAUAUUUCAGACUAGCCAAGUUCUUUCAGCCCAAGGAUGGAAGUAUAAAUUACAAGCUUCGAUGUUGGAGAUAUACAAUGAAACCAUUCGUGAUUUGCUGUUGCCAAAUCGAAGUAAUCCCUCGGAUAUGACGCGUGGUGAAAGCGGUGUUAGUGGAAAACAGUACACAAUCAAACAUGACGCAAAUGGAAAUGCCUAUGUACCUGAUCUCACCAUUGUUGAUGUAUGCAGUAUCCAAGAAAUUACCUUGCUUUUGGAGCAGGCUGCACAAAGCAGGUCUGUGGGAAAGACACUAAUGAAUGAACAGUCAUCAAGAAGUCACUCAGUUUUUACAUUGCGGAUAUCUGGAGUGAAUGAGAACACUGAACAACAAGUGCAAGGUGUGCUGAACCUUAUUGAUCUUGCUGGAAGUGAGCGGCUCUCAAGAAGUGGGGCAACGGGAGACAGGUUGAAAGAAACUCAGGCAAUCAAUAAAAGUUUAUCAUGCCUGAGCGAUGUUAUAUUCGCCCUAGCAAAGAGAGAGGACCAUGUUCCCUUUAGAAACUCAAAGCUGACAACUCUUCUUCAGCCAUGUUUGGGUGGAGACUCCAAAACGUUGAUGUUUGUUAACAUCUCUCCUGAGUCUUCUUCCGUUGGUGAGUCACUUUGUUCUCUUCGGUUCGCGGCCAGAGUAAAUGCAUGUGAAAUUGGUGUUCCUCGCCGCCAUACAGCCAUACGUUCUGCAGAUUCUCGAUUGAGUUAUGGCUGAAUGCCAUUGAACUUUUAGAUGUGCCACAUUGAAGAACUUGUAGUAGAAGAAUUUGUAUUUGGAGGAAUUUCAUCUUCAUUUCUCCCCAGGAUAGGGGAGCAUGGCUAUGUUGUAAUGUGUACGAAAGAAAUGACAUUGGGGCAUUGGAUGAUGUUUUGAGAGAAACUGAUUUAUUCCUGAUAAAUCCUGAUUAGGAUACUUUGGUUGCCUCUUGCAACAGGACAUUGUGAUGUAUGAAAUAUCAUUUUAAGAUUAAAUAUUCUCGAUUGAUUAGGCAA